AUGCUCGCCUCACGCCUCUCCCGACAGGUGCUACAGCGCUCGAUCGCCACACGUCCACGCAUCGCCAGUACACGAUAUGCCGUCAACACCUCAGCAGCGAAACGACAGUGCAGCAGCCACACAUGCAAGCACAUGAUCGCGCAACAAGCACAACGGCCAUCGAUCGUGCAGGCAAUGCAGAAGCUUGAGGUUGGAAGUGCGUCGAGGAGUAAGGUUGUCACAAAGCAGCAGAUUCGAGGGAUGAAGGUCAGGAGUAGUGUUAAGAAGCUAUGCGAUGGAUGCAAGAGCGUCAGGAGGAAGGGAGGACGAUACGUCUACAUAAUAUGCAGCAAGAAUCCGAAGCAUAAGCAGAGGCAAGGAUGA